UGUUUACGGUAAGCGCGUCUUUCACAGGUACAGCGGGAAUGUGGAUGUUAUUCUCCUGUCUGCAGAGAAGUGAGAGGAAUCCUGUCAGGAAUCGGGAAAACUGACUGUUUAAGGGAAGUCAGGACAGAAGGACAGAAGGAGGAGAGUGAGCGGAAUCACCGCCACUUCCGUGUUUUCCUGCAUUUGACAAAUCAAAGUUCAACUUCUGCUUCUUCGCCUCGGAACAUGUUUAGAGGAACAUGCUGCUGGAACACAGGAGACUGAGGUUCUUGACUGGUCUGCUGGUUCUGCUCCAGUCCGGUUCAUAUGUCAGCAGUGCAGAACCAGAGCAGGACUCCAGACCCAACUUUGUCCUGAUGAUGGUGGAUGAUCUGGGCAUCGGAGACGUCGGUUGCUAUGGAAACCACACCAUCAGGACACCAAACAUCGAUCGUCUGGCGGCGGACGGAGUGAAGCUGACCCAGCAUCUGGCCGCGGCUCCGCUCUGUACUCCCAGCAGAACCGCCUUCAUGACGGGACGCUACGCUCUGCGCGCCGGUCUGGGCAGCACAGGCCGAGUUCAGGUGAUUCUGUUUCUCGCUGGAUCCGGAGGUCUUCUACCGAAUGAAACCACCUUCGCUAAACUCCUGCAGAAGCAGGGUUACGCCACCGGCAUCGUGGGUAAGUGGCAUCUGGGUGUGAACUGCGAGAGCAGGAACGAUCACUGCCACCAUCCCAACAAUCACGGCUUCGACUUCUUCUACGGCCUUCCCUUCACGCUCUUCAGCGACUGCAAGCCCGGCGCGGGGAAAGGUGUGCUGGUGGAUGUGCAGGAGACGCUGCGGCAGACGUUUAUGCUGCUAACGCUAGGGUUCCUCUCGCUGCUCGCGGUCCGAGCCGCCGGUCUGCUGCGGAUCAGCCGGAAGCUCCUGCUGUUUCUGGCCGCUCUGUCUCUGCUGAGCUUCGCCGUGUGGUUCGUGCCGUUUGAGCUCCUGCGGACCUGGAACUGCAUCAUCAUGAGGAACGGAGAGGUGCUGGAGCAGCCCAUGAAGCUGGAGACGCUGAACGCCAGGCUGAUGAGCGAAGCCCAGCGCUUCGUGGAGAGACACAGGGACAGGCCUUUCCUGCUCUUCCUGUCGCUGGCACACGUGCACACGCCCCUCUUUGAGUCCAAGGGCUUUGCCGGAAAGAGCAAACAUGGGCUGUACGGGGACAACGUGGAAGAAGCAGACUGGAUGAUUGGUAGGAUGGUGGAGACCAUUGAAAGACACGGCCUGUCGGAGAAAACCUUGAUGUACUUCACCUCUGACCACGGCGGCCACAUCGAAGAGGGUCCAAAAGGAGGCUGGAAUGGAAUCUAUCGCGGUGGUAAAGCCAUGGGCGGCUGGGAGGGAGGAAUCCGAGUGCCGGGAAUAUUUCGCUGGCCUGGGCGUCUCACCCCGGGACGAGAAGUGGCAGAACCAACAAGUCUGAUGGAUGUUUUUCCCACAGUGGUGAAGCUGGCAGGAGGAGCGCUACCGGAGGACAGGAUUCUGGACGGUCGUGAUCUGAUGCCUCUGCUGGAGGCCAGAACUAAUCGCUCGGAGCACGAGUUCAUGUUCCACUACUGCGGCAUGUACCUGAACGCUGUACGCUGGCACCCAGCCGACAGUGAAUCCAUCUUCAAGGUGCAUUUCUUCACACCGAACUUCUCUCCCGCGGGGGCCGUGGGCUGCUACGACAUCAACAUCUGCUUGUGUCACGGAGCGUUUGUGACGUAUCACAGGCCUCCGCUGGUGUUCGAUCUCAGCAGGGAUCCGUCAGAGAGCCGUCCGCUGGCGCCGGACACCGAGCCGCGGUUCUCUGAGGUGCUGGAGCGGGUGGAGCGGGCCGUGACGGAGCACCGCAGGACCCUGGAGCCGGUGGAGAAGCAGCUGAGCUGGGAGAAGGUGCUGUGGAAGCCCUGGCUGCAGCCCUGCUGCGGGAUCUUCCCCUUCUGCUCCUGCGAGGAGGACACCGACACGGAAGACACACAAUACACACAUUAAAGAAGAGAACUGCAGCCUUUUCUCUUAUAUCCCACCAUUCAUACUGUUUAGUCUCGCAAUUCUGACUUUUUUCCUCAGAACUGCACGUUACAAAAAAUGCAAUUGUGAGUUUUUAUAUAUUGUAAUUUUUUUUUUUUUUCCUGAGUUUACAUCUCGCAAUUCUGACUUUUCCCUCAGAAUCACGAGUUUGUCACAAUUGCAAGUUAUGAACUCUUAAUGUCAAGUUUAUAUCUCACAAUUCUGACCCUUUUCUCACAAACAUACUGCAGUUUUACAUAUCACUUUUUUUUUUU